AGCGCCCCUCCUACCCAGGUGGCCAAGACUAAGCAGCAGAUUGAGGAGCAGCGGGUGCAGGUGCAGGUGGUGGAGCGGGCCCAGCAGGUGGCAGUGCAGGAGCAGGAGAUCGCCCGGCGGGAGAAGGAGUUGGAGGCCCGUGUGCGGAAGCCAGCAGAAGCUGAGCGCUACAAGCUGGAGCGCCUAGCCGAGGCAGAGAAGUCCCAACUAAUUAUGCAGGCGGAGGCAGAAGCUGAGUCUGUGCGGAUGCGUGGGGAAGCUGAGGCCUUUGCCAUAGGGGCCCGAGCCCGAGCCGAGGCUGAGCAGAUGGCCAAGAAGGCAGAAGCCUUCCAGCUGUACCAAGAGGCUGCUCAGCUGGACAUGCUGCUAGAGAAGCUGCCCCAGGUGGCAGAGGAGAUCAGUGGUCCCUUGACUUCGGCCAAUAAGAUCACACUGGUGUCCAGCGGCAGUGGGACCAUGGGGGCAGCCAAAGUGACUGGGGAAGUGCUGGACAUUCUAACCCGCCUGCCAGAGAGUGUGGAAAGACUCACAGGUGUCAGCAUCUCCCAGGUGAGGUCUCAGGUUGGAGCUGAGGAGCAGAAUUGCUAGGUUCCUGUGUUGUGUAACGCAGCGGGCGUUUAACCAGCAUCCAGACCUGAGAGUCAUUGAUGUUUAUUAAUCACUUUCUGUGUGCCAGAUACGGUGCUAAGCUUCUACAUAAAUGAGUUGUUUUAAACUACCCUUAGGGUAUAUAGGGUUUUACAAAGUCAAGAAACUGAACUUCCAGCAUGUUCCUACUCAUUCUGCUGGUGCAGCUGGAGUGAAAUCCAGGUCAACUGUCUCUGCAACCUGUGCUUGUGGUCACCCCACUAGUAUAGAGAACUAGUUGCAGCCUAUUGACAGUUAAUUAAUUCCAGGCAUAUCACUGCUUUUCUUGGUUCCCCAGUUAAUUCACCUGUAGAUCAUGGUCGAGGUCAGCAAACAGGCUCUGGAACCACUGUUUUGUUAAUCCUAGCUACAAUGCCUGCUAGCUGUGAUCUUGGACAAGUAAUCAACCUCUCUGUACCUGUUUCCUCACCUUAAAAUUGGGUUAAUAAUUAGAAACUACCCUGUUGAAUUGUUGAGGGGCUCCAGCAAAUAUUUGCAAUGUUUAGAAUAGUGCCUGGUGUAUAGUAAGCAUUAUGUGUAUGGUAAAGAAAUGGUGCCAGGUGCAGUGGCUCACACCUGUAAUCCCAGCACUUUGGGAGGCCGAGGCAGGCAGAUCACCUGAGGUCAGGAGUUCGAGACCAGCCUGGCCAACAUGGUGAAUGAAACC